AGUACCCGAUGAGCACAGUUAUGCUAAAGGUCAGCGGUUUAGCUUGCAACCAACCAGGAAAAUUGGGUGCACUGCACAGAUUAUUAUCAAACAUGUGAUUGUCCAUGGAGAUGAAGAGUACUGUGCUCACGACCUUCCUGAGUCCAGUAGAAAGAGGCAGGAAAUCUUGCGCACUGUUUCAUCACGGAUGCAGGAAGAAGAAAAUUACACUGGAGAGGAAAGAAUUUAUGUUUCUCUGCCUUUGAGAGCUGCACAUCAACACGAUAUUUCUCCACAGUCUUCCCUUGGAAACAGAUUGAAUGAAAAAGUAAAGAUUAAAAUUUAUGAAAUUGUCAAAUCUGGAAUUACUAACGUCACCAUUGUCAAAAAAAUUUUGAGAUCAUUUGUUGAGGCAGAAUUCAGAAAUAAAGACAUUAGACCAUCCAUAUAUGACAGGGCAUUCUAUCCCCUUACAAAAGAUAUUAAAAAUCAUGUUCAUAAAGCUGUUGCUGCAGGGAAACUUUCGGUCCUAGACCAGGAAAAUUUAAGAGCGAAGAUCGAUGAGUGGAAGAAGGAGGAAGACUGCUCUCGCCAUUUCUUCUUUCGCCCAGCCACAGAGGAAACUGCUGAUGCUGCCGGGGAUAACUUUUUAUUCAUACACCAGGAAGAGUGGCAAAGGAGACUGAUGAAGAUGUAUGGCAAUACGAUAUCCCUCCUCGAUGCCACCUAUCGAACUACCAAAUACAACCUUCCUCUUUUUAUGGUUGUGGUAAGGACGAAUGUGGAGUACAUCCCUGUGGCAGAGUUUGUGACAGAGGAUGAGACUUCUGACAGUAUCCAGGAGGCCCUACACAUCUUAAAAGGCUGGAAUCCAGACUGGUGCCCCGAUUAUGUCAUGCUAGACUACAGUGAGGCAGAAAUUAAUGCUGUAAAAGCAGAGUUUGCAUCUUCCAAAGUCCUCUUGUGUGCAUUUCACAGAGAACAAGCCUGGGAAAGAUGGUCAAGAAGCGAAAAAAACAUAAGCAGCAUACACAGAGAUGAUUUUCUAUCAACACUGCGUAAUGUUGCCUAUUCUACAACAGUAGAAGAAUAUGAUUUGGCUGAAGAAAAGUUGAGGAGCUGCCAUUGGUUCAAACAACCAUUGCAAAAAUAUAUUGAAAACAAAUGGUUGUCUGUGAAAGAGUACUGGUGCAAUGCUUUCAUGGACCUUGGAUUUCACUCACCUGUAACAACAACAAAUGGUGUAGAAUCCCUCAACAAAGCCUUAAAGCACUUUUAUUUAAAACUAGCUAAUCCUGGAACAUUGAGCGCCUUGAUGGGAGUAGUCAUCCAGGAUUUCCUACCAGAUUUGUUUCAGAACUAUGUGAUGUUGAAUUACAGGGCAAGUUCCAACUUUAAAGCGUAUGAUGCAAGCAUACCAAAGUACUUGCAUAACCGUCCACGGAAAGUUGUAGAACACUGCAUGCAAAGAUACCACUCCAGUGACCAGAUAGACUCAGGUGAUAUAAAGAUUGCAGAUGACAUUUCUGGACGGAUAUACCAUGUAAAAAGUAGGGAAUCCAGCCAAACCUACCAGGUGACUAUGGGAAGUGGGAAGAAAUUUCCUCAUUGUACCUGUGAAGACUUUCGUAGAAACUUCCUUCUCUGCAAACACUUUUUUGCCAUCUUCAAGAGUACAAACCAAAGUUGGAGCGAUUUAUCUCCACUUUAUGCAGAAAGUCCCUUUGUAAACUUAGACUUUGGAGCUGUAGAAAAACAUGAAAUUGUAAAUGUGUCAUCAGAUUUUGAAAUUCCAAUCCAGAAGUUUUUUGAAAAGGAGGGGGGAAAGUCUGAAGAUCUUCAAGAGGAUUCCGAAGACCUUCAAGAAGACUGCACAAAACUCCAAAGAGAUGUUGUGGCUGAAUUAAAAGAUCUUCAAAAUAAAGCCUAUAUUUGUUCAAAUCACAAUGCACUGAGUAGAUGUCUGUCAAUCCUCAAUAAUGCAAAUGCCAUACUGUCUGAAAAUAUCCCAAAAGAAGAGGGAAUACCCCUUAGACCGAAGACAAAGUUAAGGAACCUCCCACCUAGAAGAAAAUACUUCAGAAAGCUUGGAAAAUAUCAGAGAAGAGUUGGAAAGAAGGCAAAGACUAUGAGGGAUGCUUCUGUAAUAGAUGUGGAGGAAGGACCAUCUGUUUUGGAUGCAACGGAGGAUAUUUGCAAAGAAACAGAAAAAGAAAAAGUGACACCUGAAGAUGACUGUGUUAAACGGGAAAAGAAGGUUAAGAGUAAAGAGAAAAAUAAAAAGAAGAAAAUUCAGAAGGUUGCGGAACCUUCUGUUGCAGCUGUGGAGGAGAAUAUGACAGAAAUCAAUGGGCCUUCAAAAUCUGCACAAACAAUUGUGGAACAAGAUGACACAACAGCAUACAAACUGGUGAUGAAAUUAUGGUCUUUAGAAGAAGAUGGCCAUAUUCCAGUGGCAAAGGUUGGAGGGCAAAAAGUUUGUGACACAGAUAUCAGAUCACUAAGACCUGGACAAUGGUUGACUGAUAUGGUAAUGGACAGCUACAUCUCUAUAUUGGCUUUGGCCCAAAAUGAUUUGGGUAAGAAAGUUGUUAACUUUGUACAGAGCAAGAUGACAAGCAUAAUUGAAGGUUCUUUUACAAAAAGACAACGAGAUGGUUCCAGCAAUAAUAAGCAAGAA